GUUUUAUAUUUAUAUGAGAUAUUUAAUUUGUUUUGUGUGUUUCUUUUUGAAAAUAGCAAUAAAUUAUUUGUAGGAGCGGUGUCAGUUCACAAUCUAAAUGCUUCAUAGUUAGUGCUAUGCAAAUGCCUAUGACUUCAGUACCUACGGAAUCAAAUCAUGUUAUACUAACAACAAAGGUUGUUUUGUUAAAGUUAUGGUCGAUAUUUCACUUCCUUCAUCUUCUAUCUUUUCACGGUAAGAAACUUGUAAAUGGUGGUAAUUAUUUUUUUCAAUAUUUCAGACCACAAGUAAUCGCUUUGACAACAGUAAACGGUAAUACAAUAGAAGAAAACGUGAAUAUUAACAACCAGAAAAUUCUGAGAGCCGCUAGAAGACAAGAUGUACCAAUAUACAGAGGAUCAAAUUCUUCACUAAUCGAUAAAGAAUCUGAAAGGGAUUAUUUCUUCGGCCAAAAUGGAUUGGGAGACAAUAACGAGACAUUAACAGGACUGGUACCAGCGCAGAAGCAGGGCGCUGUCGAAACUCUUUUAGAAUUGUCUAAAAAGCAUGAAGGAAAAUUGAUUCUGAUUGUUAUCGGAUCCCUCACAAAUAUAGCUUUGGCUGUGAAGUUGGAUCCUAAGUUUUUGCAACGAUUUACACAUGUGUAUGUUGGUGCGGGACACAUCGAAAGUGAACGUUAUCCAAAACCCGAAUUCAAUGCACGCAUAGACGUUGAAGCGUACCGUAUAUUAGCUCAAUACGCAACUCCUGAUAAAGUUACAGUUGUUCCUUUCUCACAGGUGCUUGAUUAUUUGGACAUAGAUCUGGAUUGGCGGAAAAAUAAGCUUGGGAAAAUAAACACGGAUUCAAUAAAAGCUAUUAAUUCAUAUGAAAGGAUAUCUUUACCUAAAACUAAAUCGUGGAAUCUGCUCGACCCGGCUGUUGUAGCGAUAGCAUUAAGUAAUGUACCUUUGAAGAACGGGAAAGAACCUGAUUUUGUAACCGAGUACAAGUUUUCGAAGAAUGAUAUUAUUUUAUGUGGAAAUAAACGGGGAAUAAACACAAAUAAUUUUGUUAAAGAAGAAUACGCAAAUGUCAGAGUAGCUUAUAGUUUCGAUGUAGAAAAGUACAAAUCGUUUCUACUGGAUAUAUUUACAGCAGAAUUGCGGUGAUCUUAGUGCUCCUUAAUAUAUUAUUUGUUACGAACAAUAUAUUAUGCAAAAUUGUAUACGAAAUGUUAUGUUUUAUUUACACCAACCCUAUUGAAAAAUAUGCGUAUAUCCUAUAAACAGAUAAAAUGAGAAAUAAAAAAAUUACAAAAAUGUAAAUUCAC